AUGGAUUUCAUUGAUUACGAGUCCUUUGCUGUAAUAGAUCAGUCAAGCGGGGAAGAUGCAACUAACUCUUUACCCGAACCCUCGUCAACCCUCAACAUAUCGUCAUUUCGAGAAGAAUCUAAGACUCAACAAGACGAAUUCAAGUUGCCUUACUUUCUGAAUAAUGGGACUGCAGAUGAAAAUGGUAAGAAGUCAAGCUUAUAUGACAAAAUGGCGGUAUAUGCCAAUUUGUCGAUAGAAUCAUUGAAUCUUAAUGAACCAAAAACAAGCAAAAAAGAGCAACCUGUGGAUACUGUACCUCAAUUCAAUGAACCAACAAAAGCUGCUUUGCCUAGUUCUGGUAUUUCUGAUUUUCUUUCAGGCAAGAGUUCUAAGACUACAGAUGCAGCCAAUAUGGUUUUAUCUAGAAAACUCUCGAACGUCUUGACUGAUUAUAUUUUGACUAAUUAUAAGAGUCGAACUCAAUUGAGAAAAUCUCUAGACUUUUUGGAAGAAAAUGAAGACCAGUUGCCUUUUGAUACAGAAAAGCUAAUAGAUUCAGGCUACAUCGGGACAUUAGCAAGGAGAAGUCUUCGGAGUGACAUCGAAAAUGAGCUUUUGAAGGAGCAUCUUAUUGUACUGGAGGAAUUUAGGCCUAUAGUGAGAAGGAUCAAGCGUUUUUCGAGCUCUGUCGAAACUAUAAGAGUUGCUGGCGAUGAUAUUCUCAAAGACAACGAAUCGGUUGACGAGGACGAAGCUAGUGUCAUGAAUGAGUUAACUUCUUUGCAUACAAACUUGAGUUCUUUACGCCUGAAGAAAAGUUUGUUAGUAUCUUUGCAGAAACUUUUCUCUUUGACGCAAGUUGAGGACGACGUUAUUUUUAACGGAACUGUCGAUUUGGAAUUUUUUAGAGUCGCUGACAAAGUAUUGUCUAUAAAAAAGCACGCAACCUAUUUGUUAUCCCUUCCUGAUGCUAAGGCGGGUACCUCCUUGAUAAACAAGCUCAACAACACUUUGAAAUCUAUCAACAACAAGGUAUACAACUACUUAGUUGACUUUAUCUAUCACUACGAGUCUAGUUCUAAUUAUUAUGGUGAAAAGACUCUUGAAGUGAAUACAAAAAAAUUAAAUGUUUUCCGAAAGGGUCUUAUUUAUUUGACAAAUGAUUUGGAGUAUUUCAACGAGUUCUUGAAAAAAGUCACCACUGUUAGAUCAAAGAUCGUUUUGGAUGAGUUCCUGUCUGUAUUUGACUACGACCCUAAAGAUUCUUUACCCAUAGCAAUUUCAGCGCAUGACCCAUUACGCUAUAUUGGUGAUGUUUUAGCAAGUGUUCAUUCCUCAAUUGCCAAUGAAGCCGAUUUUGUGAAAUCAUUGUUUCAGUUCCAAGUCACACAGUUGGAAGCUGGAUCGGAAACAACAAAAUUACAAAACGAAGAAUAUUUGGAUUCUCUCGAUGUAAAGCUUUUAAAUCAAAUUGUUCAAUCCCUUUCAAAUUCUUGUAGAAUUAGAAUAGAGCAGAUUGUCAGAUUUGAGGAGAACCCUGUUACCAACCUCGAAAUUGUGAGGCUCUUGAAGUUGUACCAGAUUAUGUUUGAGAGAAAAGGAAUAAAUGCUCAAAGUUCAAUCAUCUCGAGUCUUAAAAUGCUUGAAGUCCUUUCUAAGGAGAAAAUUACAAACUCGUUUACAAAAAUUAUCGAUGGUAUAUCGGCUAUAGGUAAUGAAAACAACGAUACCAUGCCUCCUGAAUGGCUCGCUGACUAUAUCAGUAGACUGGUAGAAUUUUUUGAAGCAUAUGAAAGGGGUAAAGAUUCUGACUCCAAUGAGAAUGAUGCGCUUGCCAGUGCAUCAUUUCUUAAAAAGGCUGUGGAGGAUCCAAUUCAAAACAAACUUUCAAAAAUGAUACAAAAUGAAUUUCCUACAGCAAGAAAAAAUGAAGAAGUUAGAUCUUCAUUACUUACUAUGCAAAUCAACUGUUUCGAUCUGAUAAAAUCUAGGUUGCAACCGUUUUCUACAACUAUAUUCGCGCAAAACGAGGAAACAUCAGCAAUUUACCAAAAAAUCACGGAUAAAUUACAGCAAUUUAUUAAUCGCAUGCUGGAGCUUCAAAACAAGCUUCUUUUCGAAAAUAGCGGAUUAGAGCUUUAUUACAACUUAUUGAAUAUGAUCUUUCCUAUAAGCUCUAUCCAGGAUGAAUUGGAUUAUGACAUGUACUUAUCGCUUUCUGACAACGCAUUAAUGGAACUUGAUACAAUAAUGAAUAAGGUACAUGCUAAGCUAACUGAUUAUCUUCCCCAAGCGCUUACGGACCUGCAGGAGAAUUUAUUAUUCAGAUUAACUUCUCCUUCUAUCGCUGAUGAAAUCUCAGAGACCUGCUUUGAGAAUCUCUUUAAAUUUUACAUUAAUUUCAGAAGGAUUUUGAUGCAUCUCUACCCUGAUAGAAAGGAAAAAAUAACCAGCAUCCUAAACUUUACCGAGGAAGAAUUCAAAACAUUGAUAGGGCUAAAUUGA